AUAAAAAGUACUUAAAAAACAUAAUAAGCAAAAAUAAAAUUAAAAGGCAACAACAACAGCAUUAGAGAAAAAACAUAAAAAACAAACACAAAAAUAUACAAAUAAAAUAAAAAAUUAAGCAAUAGAAGGAGACUAAUCAGACCCUCUUGUUCAUAUAGUAGUUUUUGUUAUUUGUAGAAAAAGGCAACACAAAACUGUAAUAAAAUUUGGCAAUAGAGCAAACAUUGGCCAAUAAUAACAACAAAAACUGUACCCAGGAAAAAAGUCACGAUCAAAACAUACAUACAUUUAGUGCUGUAACAAAACAAACAACCUUAGAAAAGUUUUAAAGUUUCUUGGCCAAAACAAAAGUUGGAGACAAAAUUUGAAAUAAACCUAAAAGAAAUAAGGAAGAAUCAUUGAAUACUAUAAGCAAGAUAGACAGAAGAAAAAACCUUUUGUCCUCAUCAUCAUAGUCAUCACCAACAGCAAAAGCCUCAUCAUUGAAUUGAUAGCCUUUUAAAACGGAAAAACAUUAAUUGGCAUUGAUAGUUUUUUUUGCUGUUGUUUGGUUAUUGUUGCUAUUGUUGUCUUUACAAAUCGUCUAAACUCCUACAAUAUAAACCGCAGCAUAGGCAGCAGCAACAAUAAGAAAAAAACGAACUGCAAUACAGCAACAACAAUAUUGUCAUUAUUUUCUAAUAGUGCCAAACAACAUUGACAUUACUUACAAUAUCAGCAACAACACCAACAACAACAACAAUAAUAACCUACCUUUUCAAGCUUUAAAGGAAAUAAGGAAGAGUGAAUCAAUAUCAACAUCAGCGUCUUGUGACUGUGUUUCUUAUUAGUUAAACAAACAUCACUACUUUUUAAUGUUGUCCAUUUCAUUUGAAAAGCUGUCAACAGCUUUUUAUUUGUACAUUUAUUUUGGCUAAAAUUGUAGUUAUAAUAUCAACAAAAGAAACCCUACAAGAGAAUCUUUAAGUUACGGAAAACAACAUCAACAAACUUUCUUCUAAACUUUUUGUAGAUUUACAUUAAGAAGCAGUAGAAAAUCUACGUUUAUUCUUAUUGGAAUUUCACAUCGAAUUUUACAAAAUUUCUAUAUAAAAUAUGGCGAAUUUAGAUGAGGAUCGAAGGCGAAGGACUCAUGUAUUAGAGCAGGAGAUGCGUAAUCCAUUUAGUAUUUGCAAUGUAGACUGCCUGCUAGACACAGUGACCGCGUUGGUUUCCGACUGCGAUCAUGAAUCAUUAAAACGCCUCAAAAAUAUAGAACAAUAUGCAUCAAAAUACAAACCACUUGCACAACAAAUCUGCCAACUGCGCAUGAAUGUGGAAGAUUUUGAUUUUAUUAAAAUCAUUGGUGCCGGUGCCUUUGGUGAAGUACAAUUGGUCAGGCAUAAAUCCUCCCGUCAAGUGUAUGCCAUGAAAAGACUUUCGAAAUUUGAAAUGAUGAAACGACCGGAUUCCGCAUUUUUCUGGGAAGAACGUCAUAUAAUGGCACAUGCCAACUCUGAAUGGAUUGUUCAAUUGCAUUUCGCUUUUCAGGACAACAAGUAUCUGUAUAUGGUUAUGGAUUAUAUGCCCGGUGGUGAUAUAGUUUCAUUGAUGUCAAUGUAUGAAAUACCCGAAAAAUGGGCCAUAUUCUAUACAAUGGAAGUGGUUUUGGCGUUGGACACCAUACACAACAUGGGUUUUGUGCAUCGUGAUGUAAAGCCCGAUAAUAUGUUACUAGAUCGUUAUGGUCAUUUAAAGUUGGCUGAUUUUGGUACUUGUAUGCGUAUGGGCUCUAAUGGUUUGGUGGUAUCCAGUAAUGCUGUAGGUACACCCGAUUAUAUAAGUCCUGAAGUGUUACAAUCUCAAGGUGUGGAUAAUGAAUAUGGCCGUGAAUGUGAUUGGUGGUCUGUGGGCAUUUUCCUAUACGAAAUGCUGGUAGGUGAUACACCCUUCUAUGCUGAUUCGUUGGUGGGUACAUAUGGCAAAAUUAUGGAUCAUAAAAAUUCCUUAAGUUUUCCGGCCGAAGUAGAAAUAAGUGAAAAUGCUAAAAGUCUUAUACGAGCCUUUCUCACAGAUCGAACUCAAAGAUUGGGUCGUCAUGGCAUAGAUGAGAUUAAAGAGCAUCCAUUUUUUCAGAAUGACACUUGGAGUUUUGAUAACAUUAGAGAGAGUGUUCCUCCUGUAGUACCAGAGCUGUCCUCUGAUGAUGAUACCAGAAAUUUCGAAGACAUCGAAAGAGAAGAGACUCCAGAAGAAGUAUUUCCCAUACCCAAGAAUUUUGACGGUAAUCACUUGCCAUUUAUAGGUUUCACUUACACGGGAGAUUAUCAGUUGUUGUCGAACAAUGACACCGUCGACGCUGAGGCUAAGGAAAACAGUACAAAUAUUGCCAAUCACAACCAUAGACAUAGACCUUCUAAUUCGAAUGAAAUAAAACGUUUGGAGGCCUUGCUCGAGAGAGAACGUAAUCAUUCCGAAACAUUAGAGAAACAAGACAAAGCCUUGAGACAACAAUUGGAAAUUAUAACAAAACGUGAAGCCGAAUUACAAGCUAUGUCUUCCGAAUAUGAGAAGGAUUUGGCUAUAACGCAACAUAACUAUAAAAUAGCUUUGCAGAAGUUUGAACAAGAGAUUGAGUUGCGCAAGAAAACCGAAAUUCUUUUGGCCGAAACGCAAAAAAAUCUUGACAACGAACAGAAAAUCCGAACUCGAGAAAUGAACAAUAAUCAACAUCAUAACGAAAAGAUAGUUACGCUUGAAAAGCAAUUGAAGGAAAUGGAGGAGAAUUUCAAAUGUGAAACGGAAAAUUCUCAAAAACUAAAGAAACAAACAGCGGAAUGGGGCUUGGCGAAACAAGAACUUGAAGCUAAAAUAGCUCAAAACCAAGUUAUGUUGACAAGUUUGCAAAAUCAAAAGGAAACUUUGCAGCAAGAAGUAGCCGAACUUCAAGCUCAAUUAGCGCAGGAGAAAAAUUCGCGCUCUCAACUGAAAGAGCUGCAAAAAGAAACAGAGAAUAAAUUACAAACCAUUUCCAAUGAUUUAGAGAGAGCCGUAACAAGAGAACAACAAGCUUACGAAGACAAUAGAGUAUUAACAGAGAAAAUUUCCGAUUUAGAAAAAUCCAAUGCUAGUUUAGAUUUUGAAUUGAAAGCAGCCCAGGGUCGGUACCAGCAAGAAGUUAAAGCUCAUCAGGAAACAGAAAAAUCACGUAUGUUAAGUAGGGAAGAGGCCAAUCUACAAGAAGUUAAAGCUUUACAAACCAAACUUAAUGAAGAGAAGUCGGCGCGCAUUAAAGCCGAUCAAAAUUCUCAGGAAAAGGAAAGGCAAUUAAGUAUGCUCUCUGUAGACUACAGACAAAUACAACAACGUUUGCAGAAGCUGGAGGGUGAGUGCCGACAAGAGGCUGAAAAAGUUACGGUAUUGCAAUCACAACUGGAUCAAGAACAUACGAAAAAGAAUUCACUACUCUCCGAUUUAAGCCUUAAGAGUUCAGAAGUGGCCCAUUUAAAAUCCCGAGAAAAUCAAUUACAAAAGGAAUUGGCUGCUCUUAGAGAAAAUAAACGUAAACAUGAGGAAGACAUGUCCCAAAUAAAGAUUGCUCUCAACAAGGAGAUCCUACAAAAGAAAGAACUUCAAGAUCAACUAGAUGCCGAACAAAUAUUCUCCCGCCUUUAUAAAGCACAAGCUAAUGAACACCGUGAAGAAAUUGAGGAAAAAUCUCGUGAAAUACAAGAUCUUAAAGAGGAACGUGUCUCACUCAAACAUCAAGUACAAGUUGCAGUGGCUCGUGCCGACUCCGAAGCAUUGGCUCGUUCCAUUGCCGAAGAAACUGUAGCGGAUUUGGAGAAGGAGAAGACCAUUAAGGAAUUAGAACUUAAAGACUUUAUGACCAAACAUCGCAAUGAAAUCUCCGCCAAAGAUUCUCUUUUGGCGGCAGCUAAAGAUACUGAAGCCGAUUUUAUUAAGAAAAUUAAUCAAAAGAAUUCCGAAUAUGAUGAUUUAAUGCAACAGAAUAAGAAAUUGCAAGAAGAGAUGGCACAGGUGAAGACAACGAAGGAAGAGGAAAUUGUAAAACUCAAAGAGAAAUGGAAGAAUGAAAUGCUUUUGAAACAGGUGGCUGUUAAUAAAUUGGCCGAAGUUAUGAAUCGUAGAGAUACAGAUUUGCAAAAACAAAAAGGCAAAACACGUUCAUCCGCCGAAUUGCGUAAGAAAGAAAAAGAAAUGCGUCGUUUACAACAAGAAAUGCAGCAAGAACGUGAGAAAUACAAUCAAUUGCUACUUAAACACCAAGACUUACAAAGUCAAGUCAUUGAAGACAGUCACAUUAAACAAAAACUACAAAUGGAAAUUGACUGCAAAGCCACAGAGAUUGAGCAAUUGCAAUCUAAGCUCAAUGAAACAGCAUCACUGUCAUCAGCCGAUAAUGAUCCCGAAGACAAUCAAAAUUCAUCCUUACUUUCACUUACACAGGAUUCGGUAUUCGAGGGCUGGUUAAGUGUGCCCAAUAAACAGAAUAUAAGACGUCACGGUUGGAAACGUCAAUUUGUGGUAGUAUCAUCACGUAAAAUUAUAUUCUAUAAUUCUGAAAUUGACAAACAGAAUACCAUUGAUCCUGUGCUAAUAUUAGAUUUAAGCAAAGUGUUUCAUGUAAGAUCAGUAACUCAGGGUGAUGUUAUAAGAGCCGAUGCCAGAGAGAUACCAAGAAUUUUCCAAUUGUUAUACGCCGGUGAAGGAGAAGCCCGACGACCUGAUGAACAACAACAAUUGGAUAUAAGUGUGCUUAGAGGUGGUAAUGCCGAAGAACGACCAGGAUCCAUAAUACACAAAGGCCAUGAAUUUGUGCAUAUUACAUAUCAUAUGCCCACUGCUUGUGAAGUGUGUCCUAAACCCUUGUGGCAUAUGUUUAAACCACCAGCGGCCUAUGAGUGUAAAAGAUGCCGCAACAAAAUCCACAAGGAACAUGUUGACAAUAAUGAUCCCUUAGCACCUUGCAAACUGCAUCAUGAUCCUCACAGUGCGAGAGAAAUGCUUUUGUUAGCUUCCAAUACCGAUGAACAGAAUUUAUGGGUAUCACGUCUCUCUAAACGUAUCCAAAAAUGUGGAUAUAAGGCAAAUUCCUCAUCAAAUAAUAAUAGCAAUAAUACCGAUGGUAGUAAAAUAUCACCAAGCCAAUCAACACGUUCCAAUUACAAGCCAUAUGCAGUUAAUGUACAAAGAUCAGCUACGCUGCCAGCAAAUUCAUCAUUAAAACAUCGUUUGAAAAUUCUUCGACAUCAAUUAUCUGUACAAAAAUCUUAGCAAACUAUCUUCUACAACUCCGACAACUUUAUCGUUUACUACACAACUUUCAACACGUUUAAGUAAUCGUUUGCUCAACAGUUUUAUACGACGUUUUCGUAAUAAAAGAAAUAAUGAAUAAAUUAUUGAAUGAAUGAACUAAAUGAUUAAAUCAAUUAAUAAACUACAAAACAAAUGCUUAAAUACUAUAAACAAUUUAAUGUUGUGUUUCUAUUUGUUUAAUUAUUAAAUUACGAAUUUACUUAGUUAAGUUUUUACUUUAAUUUGUUUACAC